AUGAUAACUGAGAAUGGAUGGUCAGAUGAUGGACAACUUGACGACGAUGACAGAGUUGAAUAUUUACAUGCACAUUUGGCAGCUGUUGUCAGAGCUAUCAGAGAUGACGAAUGUCAUAUCACAGCCUAUACGGUAUGGAGCUUGACUGAUAAUUUUGAAUGGAAAAUGGGGUACAUAGAAAAGUUUGGAAUACAUUACAUUAAUUUUACAUCUCCUGAUAAGGAAAGAGUUCCAAAGAAAUCCGCUCAAUUUUUCAAGGAUAUGAUUCCAACUAAAAGCUUUAAUUACGCUAAGGUUGACCAAUGGGGAUAAAUUAUUUUAUAUGAUUGUUAUUUUUUUCGAUAUUAGAACAAAAAUUCAUUGAGUAAAUAUUAUCC